AACCCGUAACAGCCAACCAAGAGCACUCACUGCCGGCCAUCGAGAUGGCCCUGCCCGUAACGAAGUUUGAAGUAUCCGCACCGGGAAAGCUGAUCCUGCACGGUGAACAUUCCGUCGUGUACGGAUGGCCAGCCGUCGCAGGACCCAUCGGGUUACGCACCUACCUCACGUAUACCGCGCUCGAGCGAUCCUCGACGGCCGAAGUCGUCCUACGGUUCGAUUCGAUCGACAACUACACUGCCCGCUUAACGCUUGACUCAUUCGGUACAUUCCUGCGCGAAGUCGAUUGCAACGAAGCGCUUUCGCCGGAACAGUUCCUGCAGCAAAUGCGCACCGGGAAUGAGUUCCCGUUCGCUCGGUUCAUCCACGAGCCUGUCCUUACGCUGGCGGAACGUGGUUCCAAGCAGUGGAUGUCGCUCGGUGCCGCACUUUACCUCCUCAACCGGGUCUUACGCUCGGAGGGUGUCCUGGACGUCGAUCGAGCCUGCGUUGGUGAAGGUGGUUUCGAGUUUCGCCUGCGCUCGACGAUGAGCAUCGGGGCUGGACUGGGCAGUUCCGCUAGCUACGGUGUUUCCCUAGCGGCCGGGGCGUACGUGUUCUCGCGCAUUCUCCACCGCCAGUUCGAUCCCGCCGGGGACGGUAACGGCCAACAGUUGUUGACGGCGGCAUUGCCGAAAAUCUCCCAGUGGGCGUUCGAUUCGGAGGUGAUCAUGCACGAGAAACCAUCCGGCAUCGACAACACGAUCGCGGCGUACGGUGAAUUGAUCCGUUUCCGGCGAGGAGAUCCCGAUCAUCACACCAUCGCCUUGCGCCAUCCACUACACGUGCUGAUCGUGGACACGUGCGUCAGCCGCAGUACGGCACAACUCGUCACGAUUACGGCCAACCGGCGCCAACACUUUCCACGCACCAUCGGUUCAAUCUUGGAGGCGAUGGGUGGCAUCGUAGAGGAAGCGAUCGAGCUGCUCGAGUCCUCUGACCACGAUCAGGCGACGGUGCACGAACGUCUCGGUACACUCGUGACCAUCAACAACAAUCUGUUGCGGUCGCUUGGGACCAGUCAUCCUUCCCUCGAGCGGAUCUUUGCCCUCGCCGAUCGGUACGGAUUCGCGAGCAAGCUGACCGGGGCCGGUGGUGGCGGGUGUGCCUUCAUACUGCUUCCGGAUAGUUACCGCGAACUAGACGCUUUCCGGCAGCUUCAGAACGGACUGGCCGAAGCUGGGUUUGUCUCCAUCGAAACCACAAUCAGUGGCGGGACGGGUGUCACGCUGACGACCUUCCCGACCUCCAGAACGGAGGGAUGAUGACGCAAUAUCGCGAAUGAUGACGCAAGCCUAUUCUACGCUCAAUGACGAUUCCUAAACAACGACUUAAAGAUGCAUGCAUCGGUUGUGCGGUGUAGGGAGAGAAGGGAGGAUUCCAGGUGUAAGAAAAUAGGGUAGCUUUUAAAAACGUUGUAACGACAAUCUCGGGGCAUUAUACGGUUUACUUGUUAUUUUUCGUUCUUAACAUGUUUUCUAUGUUGACUUAUUCAGGGUCGGUUGGUUCAAAUAUACAUGCACACGUGCGCAUUACGCAAUUGUUAACGAUGGUUGCAUUAUUUCUCUCCGCGAAACUGGGUUGGAUGGAAGGCGUGCAAUAUUGCACCAGGUUGAGAAAUGACGUGGCAAAGUCACGAACAACAACGAAGAGAAAGAAAGAAA